AGAUAUAUAAAUGAAUGUCAAUUCAAUGAAAUAACUUAGUAAAAUGUUGAUUAGUUUAUUCAUAAUUGGGUUACUUUUUAUUGAUCACAAUGAUUCGAAACCAUCUCACAACAACGAAACGACUACAGUAUUGAAACCAACAAAUUCAUCCAAUAUGACCAGACUCAAUAAGGGUCAAUUAUGGUUGGAUUAUUUAUUUUCAUUAAUGGAUAAAGCAGAGUUUUUAAAUCCCAAGAAAUGUUCCGAUCAACGUAAUAUCAUUUGCAAAUUUUCAAAUAUGAUUGAUUGGUUUGUCAAUUAAUUCCAAUUGGAUAAAACUAUUUCAUCAUUACUCUUAAUGUAUUGUUAUCGAAUGAAGUGAAUUCCUUUAAUAAUAAUAAUGAUAAUAACAAUGUUCUCUUAAAUUCACUUAGUGUUGUUUUACUUGUAUCUUCCGAUUGUUGUUAAGGACUACAAUCGAUUAGUCUCAUGUUGGCAUAUGUACAUACUGUGCGGUUUGCCUAGAUAUUGCCUUAAGUGACAAGCUUUAUUUUCAGCAAAGAUGGAUAGUAGUGAUCAGUGAAAUCCAGUUUGACGCGCGUUUCGUCCUAUUUGGGACUUGUCAGCUGGAUGCACCUGCAUUCCAGACCUACCGACAUCCAGCUGAUGAGUCUCAAAUUGAACGAAACGCGCGUCAAACUGGAUUCCUCUGCUUGCCACUAUCCAUCUUUGCCUAAUAAUGUUUUUUUCUUCAGUGAACACUUCAUUGACAAAAUGUAAAUCAAUCGUCUCAAAGUUUAUAGUUCUUUUGUUUCCAUAGCAACUAUUCUUUGUUUUCGUUCUCUUUUCUUUGAUCUUGUUAAACUAUUAAAGCCAGACGUUUCACUUUAGAUUGAUGAUAUAUACUACCUAUAUCUGUUGAAAUCAGUAGCAUACACCGGACUAACAGUUUUUAAACUAAGUUUAAUCACGUAUUCAGAACGUGAAGUAAAGUUUAUUUACAUGCAAGAUUCAUUCACAUUGUACACUUGUGCCUUUAAAACAGACACAUCAAGCAUUGUAGUUGUAUGUAUGCUGUAAUCUACGAUAUCAUACGUACAUUUAUCCACGUAACUGAUGGUUUAUGAAUGAUUGCAUUUAUUUGAUACAGCUAUAUUUAAACUUGUUUAAUAGUGAUUAGUGCUAGGUAGCAACUAUACUCUUCGAGAAAUAUCUGAAGUUAUAGUUUGAGGUUGCGGAAACGCUUGUAUUUCAAUGAAAUCAUGAAUUGAUCAGUAUUAAUCAUCCAUUUUAAGCUCCAAGUAGGGAAAAUUGCUUGUCUUCGAUUACGCUAUUAACCGUUAUCAAUCAUUUUGUUAAAUGUUUGACUUAUUUUUCAAGAAAGUUUACUAACUUAACAGUGAAGUCAAUUCACUUCCCUCAGUUAUUCCCAUUUGUCUAAAUAAUUCGUGAAAAUCUCAUUGAAAUCUUGAACAGAUUACUGUAAGACAUCGAUCGUAAGCCUGAAAGCACGAGAAGACCGUUUCUUUCCGGUAUGGAACAUCUCACAAGUGCAUAUGCACGAGCUCCUGCACGAAACUCCAACCUAGGACCUACAGUUAAAUUCAUUAUAUACGUUGAAUUCCAGUGAGUUUCGAAAUUUAUUCUAAAAAUAAUAUGCCUUCCAGCUGAAAUGACCUAUACAUGUUCAGUACUUCAAAUUAACUACCUGAAACUAGUGACAAUUCCUAUUUCUGGAUCUUCAGUUAAGAAAGGAAUAAACGAAAUAAAAUUUGGUGAAACUAUCACUUUAUGGAUGAACUAAUCACAUUUAAGAUCACAGAUCUAGAAUUUCGGCGCGAAAUUCAUUCACUCAUUUGGCUAAAUACUAUUUUUGGCAUUGUAGCUGAUGUCAAUUAGUGAUGAAAACAUUCAAAGUUUUCACAUUUGGUUGCUUAUUACAACAAGCAAGUAGAAAACUCAAGUUUAAACUUACAUCUAUGGUAUUUUGUAACCUAGAAUACUAAUAAUGAGUGUAUUGUAAGCUAAAUGUUUAGAGUAGUACUUAUUUACUUACGCCUGUUACUCCUCGUGAAGGAG